AUGAUUCACUUGCUUAUUAACUAUUUGAUUAAUUGCAUUGUGUGUAAUAUCAAAGGAUAUAAAAAGGUACUCCUUGGUAUUGAUCUGCUGCUGAUGAGAGCGGAUUGCUAUGUAGUGACCUGGGCUAUAACUUCGAAAAUUUCAAGCAAAAAAACUAUCAUAGAUUAGAUUAUAAAGAAUGGCGGCUCAAUAAAAGAGUUAAAGUGUAUUUAUUAAGAAUUUAUGGGAAACGUUUUUCUUAAAGAACUGAGAGGUUCAAUGCUUAGCUAAGCAUUAGAUAAUUGUAUAAUUAAAGUCCAAGAUUAAUUUAAUUCAGAAGAUGAACUCUCUGAUUUCAUCAGUAAAAUUGGUUAGCAGCCAUUACCAUUAGAUAGCCUUUAGUUUAGAAUGUAUUUGAUUCAAAACUUCAAGAAUGAAGAUUCAGUGGUAGUAUUCAAGGUUAAUCAUAGUAUGGCAGAUGGUGUCGGAAUACUACUUAUGGCUGCUGCUCUAUAGGAUGACUUCAAUUAAAAUUAGCUUCCAUUUAUGAGAUAUUAAAGUAGAAAAGAGAUUAUACUAAAGCAUUUAUGGUUAGUUUUAAUGCCGAUUUAUGCUAUUAAAGAUGCAGUCACGAGCUUUAUACCAUGGAAUAAUGUAAAUUUGUAAUUCAAUAAUAUUGAUGAAACUCCCUAAGAUAUAUAAAUUGCUAUAUCAGAGGAUAUAUUAGUAAGUGAUUUAAAGUAAGUUUCCAAGAGAUUAGGAUGCACAAUUAAUGAUUUAAUGCUUGGAGUUUAUAGUGUAUCCCUGAAACAAUAUUUAAAUGAAAUGGGGUAAAUGAAUGGAGAUAGAACUGUUGUCAAUAUAGUAGUGAAUUAAAAGUAAAAACCUUUGUCAAAGCAAGAAUUCUUGUAUGGAAAUUAUUUGCAUCAAGAAAAACUUAUAAUGCCUUUAUCCUUAGAUUUUGAUGUUAAUUUGGCAAACAUUAGAAGAUAAAUGGAUAAGUGUAAAAAUUCUUAUUAUCAUCUGGCAGGAUAUUAUUUUGCCAAGGUUUUAAUGCUAUUUUUACCUAAGGAUGGGCUCGAAGUUACUAAAAAAUCUGUGAUUUCAAAGUAGCUGAGACUUAACUUUUCAAAUAUUCCUGGUAGUCAAGUUUCAUUGCAAAUUGGGGAUGGGAAAACUAAAAGUAUGCUCUUUACUUCUUUCAUUAUUAACUCCUCAUCAAUGGUAGUUUCCAUUCUUUCUCAUUGUAAUGUAUUUAAAUUUUCCAUCGCAGUUUCUUAGAUGGAUGUGAUUCCCAAGGAUCUUAUGCAAAUAAUGAUGGAAAAUUUAACAAGCAUGUUAUUAAAAUGA